AUGGGGAAAUCCAGCGGCAAGAGCUUGAUCCUGGGGCUCGCGCUGGUGCUACUCGUGGCCAUGAUGGGAGGAGCCAAGGCCACGACCAUAUGCAAGAUCCCGACGGACAAACUGACCUUCUGCCUCCCGGCCGUUGCGGGCGACCACCCCUCCCCGCCAACCAAGCAAUGUUGUAAGGUGAUCUCCAAAGCGGACAUGCCAUGCCUGUGCCAGUACAGGUCUGUGCUCCCGAACUAUGGGAUAAAACCUGCCAAUGCCAUGGCGUUGCCCAAGAAAUGCGGCCUCAAGGCGCCUCCGAAGUGCUCCAACAACUAA